AUGCCGAGAAACUCGUUCAUCACUCGACUCACGAGCUCCAGCAAGACUCCCAUGGGGGCCCUGCGGCUGCCGCCCGCCGCGCUGUCCGAGGGCCGGCCCGUGAGCGCCGGCACGCCGAGGAGCCGCUGGGCCGCAGCGGAGGUCUCGAUCGAGGGCGAGGGGAGAGGAGGAGGAGGAGGAGAAAGGGAACGAGUCCAGCAAGACUCCCAUGGGGGCCCGUCCGCGAAGGCACUCCGCGGGGCGGCGCUGGCCUUCACUCCCCGCACCCCGUGGAGCACGCGCGCGGAGGAAAGCGCGCCACACUGA